AUGGAUUCUUGCUCUGGGUCUAAUUUACGGACACUUUCAGACGCCAAUACCAAAUCCUUCAUCACAUCCAAACGUCUUGAUAAAUCUAAACAGAGGCUUCUACAUGAUGCUAUCACAAGAGAACAGAGUGCUUCUGCUAAAGAGUACCAACUAUUACGAGAAUCCAUCAAUUCACCGAUACAGAUGAAUCGUCCUCAUACUCCUUACGCGUUCCAAUCUAAAGCCAAUGAUCCAAAGAAUGACUCGUUAUGGGCGGAUGAGUUUAAAAGUUUGCAAAAUAGUAAGCAAGAAACAUAUACCUCCGACGUGAACAGCCAUUCCUCGUUGAACCCGAUGUCUUAUCCCAAUUUGGCAACUGAAAACAACCAAUCAACAAAUUUCUCACCAUCCAUAUCAAAUUACCAAUUCCCAUCUUCUUCUUCCCAUCUUCAAAAUGGUGAAACUAAUCGAUUAUCUGAUUUCGACGAUUCAUAUAUGCAGUUAGCUUUUCAACAAGCAGAACAGUUUGUACAGGCAACGGAAACGAAACAAAAUCCAAUGGCUUAUAAUGCGACCAACACAUCAAUGAAUUUGACUUUUGGCUUAACAGCUAUCGGUGCCACUGAUGACGAUGCCUGUGAUCCUGAUUAUAACGAUCUAUGA